GCCCGCCCGCCCGCCCAUAAAAGAGGUUGUCUUUGAGUUUUGAGACACCGUUGAAGUCCUCUGGGGUUUUGAAACAGUAGCAGCCUCUGGAGUUAGCAGACAGUGAACAAUUUUGUUUCAUCUCCUUCUUUGUAAGUCCCUUUUUCUCCUGGACUGAGCUUUUUUCAUCCAGGAGAUGACACCAACUUUACCAUUUUCCAAUAGCAUAUGUCUAAAACCCUCCUCUCCCGCAUUAAACCCUUCAACAACCCAAAACCCAAAACCCCAUCUUCCUCCAACUUCCCCUUAACACGACACAUCAAACAACUCAUUAACGAACUCUGUCAAAUCCUCCACACCCAACAACAAUGGGAAAACACUGUCGAAUCCCGUCUUUCGGAAGAAGAAAUUGUCCCUUCCGACAUUGCUCGCCUUGUGUUCGACAAACUUAAGGAUGCUCAUGUCGGUCUCAAGUUCUUCGGUUGGGUCUCGAAUAGACCCUACGGUUGUCCUCUUGAUCGUUUUGCUUGUUCUUCGCUUUUGAAACUCUUGGCUAAGUUUAGAGUUUUUGAUGAAGUUGAAAGUUUGUUGUCUGAAUUGAUUACUUGUGAAGAUAAGUUCCCGACUCUUGAGGCGUUGGACGCUGUAAUUAAAGCUUAUUCGGAUUCUAAUUUGGUUGAUAAAGCUGUUGAAUUGUAUUAUUUUGUAUUGAAAACUCAUGGUUUGGUUCCACAUGUAGUUACUGUUAAUUCUUUACUUCAUGGUCUUGUAAAAUGUGGUAAGGUUAAAGAUGCUAGGCGACUGUAUGAUGAGCUCGUUGAGAGAAGUGGCGGUGUUGAGGAUAAAUUUUUGGAUAAUUUUAGCACCUGUAUUAUUGUUACGGGGUUGAGUAAAGAGGGAAAGGUUGGAGAAGGGAGGAAAUUGAUUGAGGAUAGGUGGGGUAAAGGGUGUGUACCAAAUGUUGUUUUUUACAAUACGUUGAUAGAUGGCUACUGCAAGAAGGGUGACACUAGAAGUGCAUAUCGGCUUUUCAAUGAGUUGAAAUUGAAGAGCUUUUUACCCACGGUGGAGACUUAUGGGGCUUUGAUAAAUGGGUUUUGUAAAGAUGGGAAUUUUGAGAAGGUUGAUGUGCUUGUGCAAGAGAUGGCUGAAAGGGGUGUGAUUGUCAAUGUCCGAGUGUAUAACUCUAUCAUUGAUGCUAGGUGUAGGCAUGGUUUUACUGUGGAAGCCAUAGACACUGUAAGAAAAAUGAUUGAAGCUGGCACUAAGCCAGAUAUCGUGACAUAUAACACAUUGAUCUGUUAUUCUUGCAAGGAUGAGAAAAUUCAGGAAGCUGAAAAGUUUCUAGAGCAGGUUAAGAAUACGGGGUUGGUGCCGACCAAGUUUAGUUAUACUCCUAUGAUACAUGCCUACUGCAAAUGUGGUGAUUUUGAAAGAGCAUUAAGUUUGCUUGCUGAGAUGACAGAGUAUGGUGAUAAGCCUGAUGUAUCAACUUACGGAGCUCUUG